AUCUCGCUCGCUCAUGGUCGACGACGUCCGCACAUAUAUCCCCACUUUUCAUAGUUUAUGCGAGGUUCGGAAAUCGCGGUUGAGACUUGAGAAUCUCAGUUAAGUUGUUGGUCGUUACUCGUUGUUCUCUUUACUCAGUUUCCACACGUUCAUUGCGGAACGAAAUUUAAAAUUAAUAAUAUUUUAUUUCGUUUUCAAUUUAAGUUGUAAAUUUUUACAAGUUUCUGGUUUACAGUUUGUUCUGCCAACAAAAGUCCGUCACGGCUAGAUGGAUGUGACCAGUUUUGCGACGCCAACGUAAUUUUGCUUAGAAUCAAUUAAUACUUGGGAAGUUAUCACCCAAUUUUUAGGACUACCUAUUCGUACAGUAAAUUCUCAGACUUAGUGUGUGUGGUUAUUUCUGUUCGUUUUUACGAUACGUAAUAAAAUCGUGGCCUCGGAAAACGCGUCUAGUGAAACAAAUAACUAUCCACCAAAAAGGGAACGCCAAAUGUGCCUUAUUGAAAGACGUGAUAAAAAAUUGUAUCCUUUAAAUAUGACAAUAGCAACGAGAGUUUUGCCACAAAAUGCAUGUGUGGAGGUGGGAGGGGUGCUCAAUAAUUGGUCAACAGGCAUUGCUUGUCCCAACUGCCGGCAUCAAUUACGUGUGUCACUGGCACAUACCAAGACCACACAGAACCCAAUCAGCCCUCUGACACCACCAUUCACAAUUCAGCCCUCAUUCUUGCCACAUUCACCACUGUAUGCAGCACCAUCACCUCCAGUUAUAUCCUCACCAUAUAAUGAUGAGCUCCGACGGUUAGCUGACACUCUCAGAGCUCUGAGGCUUUCUGGAUGGUAUUAUGGAAAUCUAGAUUGGCAGGGGGCUCGAAGUUUAUUGAAAGAUGCCAGUAUAGGUGCCUUUGUAAUACGGGAUUCUGGAGAUAGAAAUUUUAUAUUCUCGCUUUCUGUUCAGACUGAAAGAGGGCCAACUUCUGUAAGAUUACAUUAUGAACAAGGUUCCUUUAGGUUAGAUUGUGAUAGACCUCUUGCCAGGUAUAUGCCUAGAUUCAGAUGUGUUGUGGAAUUGGUGCAGCAUUACACCCAAGUAGGAGAAAGAGGACCAGCUGGUACUGUGUGGGUGGAUCGAGAAGGAUGUCCACACUCACCUGUACUUCUGAAAACACCAUUAAGGAAAUCACCGCCUUCUCUCCUCCACUGUGCACGGUUAGCAGUUCACAAGGGACUGGACUCCAAUCCUCUAACACCCAAAUUGUGGUGUGCCCCUAAACAUAGGUUGUUACCUCUUCCCUCAACACUCAUAGACUACCUUGGGGAGUAUCCAUACUCAAUCUAACUCCAGAUCUGUACUUUGUUUAGUCCAAUAGCGUCUCUAUGAUGCCUAGUGAAGAUAUUAGCCUAUUAGUAAAAUAUAUCACCUUAACAAUAUUGAAUUAAUGAUAGAUAAUGUAGUGUUCAUAAGCGAUUGCAUUAUGACUAAAAAAAUAAUCUCUUUAUUAUUUUUAAUCUGUUUUCUAGUACAGGGUGCUAGAUAAAGGGCGGGCACCUUUAAAUACUAACUGUCAUAAAAGUUAUACUAGUAAAAUUGUAAAUUCUGUAUUACUUUUAAGUAUUGAAUAUGGGACUCAACUAUGGUAUUUAGCUAAAUGUGUAUACAGAUGCUAUCGUUAGGUAUAACUCAUGUCUGUAUAUAGAGAUGUUUUGAAUGUAAUGCAAGACUGAAUCCAAUCAUCUAUGGAAGCAUGUGCUAUUUCACUUAAGUUAUUGUCAACAUUUUCUUUUAAGUCAAACUAACCUGUCAUUAUAAAUAUUAUUCAUUAAUGCCUCAUCUUGUCCAUAAUAUUAAGUAUUCAUCACACUAUUUUAUAGAGAUAUAUUAUUAUUUAUUACAUAACUAAUGAUAUAGGAUAGAUACUGAUACUUUCACAUGUUUAUUUUGUUCCUAUCUGGAGUUGAUCCUUUUGUUACAAUUAUUAUUAAGAAACACAUAUACUAAACCUAUAGUUUGAACAUAAAACACGUAUAAGUAUUACUAUGAAAUAGUAAAAGUUGUCAGAAAGCCAGGAGAUAAUGUUCAUGGACUAGAAUUGUACUGAUGUGCCAUUAACAUUAUGACACGAACAAUAUUUAUUUAAGGGAGGUAUUUUUGAGGCUGAGUUUGUAUAUAGUUUGUUUUGUUUUCCUAUUUAUUUUUAAAUAGUUAGUUUAGUAAAUUUUUAUUCGUCAAGUGGUGGCCAUUUAAUGGUUUUUUUAGACUAGUGUGGGUUUGGCUAGUGAUGUUCACUAAUCUAGAAUACAUUAUGUACCUUGAAUAAUCUCAAUUAGAUUAAUUUUUGCUGCUUUGAAGUUUAUUUGCAUGAGCUAUUUUGUAACUAUGCAAAAUUUUUUUGGUAUGUCAGCCUCAAAUUUAUUGCAUUUCUAUUACUUUGUGUAACAUACUUAAAUUGUACCAUUUCUAUAAGGAUAAGAACACCAAUUUAAUAAGUAUGACAUAAUAGAGAAAUGUGUUAUAAUGUACACUAUUGUAUGAAAAGAACUGCAAUUUUAUAUACAAAAAAUAUAUACAUUCUGCCUAUAA